AAAGCACAUGAUUCUAAAAAAAUAUGGUGGCAUCAUUUUUUGUUUGACAGUUGCAAAGCAAAGUUUUCAAAUACAAAGCAAUGUUUAUCAGCUAUCACUCAACUGCAGACAACUACAAACACUGAGCGGAAUCAACAGUUCUUAUAUUUUGAUAGUCUUACAGAUGCUUGUCAUAUUAACAAAAUUCAUCCACAGCUUUCGAAAAGGAAAUAUUGCACGGCAGAAACAAAUUUAAUAAAUAAACAAACAAAACAACAAUUACAACAACAAAAUGGCAUACUUAAACGUGUACUACAUAAAGUUGGACUUGCACCAAAUUCAAAAUCACGUCUUAAAGUAGCAAGUCAUAUGCUGUAUGAAACAGUAGCGGACAAAAUUAACUAUUUAGUUUUCUUUCGGGAUUUCAAACUGCCAAAUACCUUCAAUUCUUGGUUUCUUGUUACAGAAUUGCAUGUCUGGAUGUUAUUGGUCCGCGCAAUGGCAGAGGGUUCAGAGUCAGGAGAAGACGGACGUUUUCUUCGUAACUGUAUUGUGGAAGCUAUGUGGGGUGAUGUAAAUAUGCGUGCAAAAAAAUUGGGUGCAAAUAAUCCAUCUCAAACACGCAAACAGAUAGAAAUUUUAUCCGAACAGUUUCAGGCUGCUCUAAUAGCUUACGACGAAGGAGCAAUGUCGAAUGACAGCAUUAUGGCUGGAGCGCUAUGGCGUAGAUUUUUUGAAAUGAAUUGUGAGGAUUAUGAGAGAAUUGAACGGCUAGUCAAAUAUGUACGAAUCCAAAUGAUUAUGCUGGACCAAUUGUCGCGAGAGGAAUUUAUUAUUAAACCAAAAAUACCUUGGGUUGAGUUAGACAAGAUUACUGUAAAAUAGUUUAAAUAAUAUAAUAAUUAUUUAAAAAUGCCCCGUGUUUAGAAGAAUAUAAAAGCUGUUUCUAUGACUUCUUGUUAUGAUGUUGAAUAGAAAAUUGUUUUACAAAAAUUUUUCGACACUAAAAUGAGUUACAUGAAAACCAAAAUA